UGGUUGAAAUAUAAGCUUGAAGGCACGAGAUUCGCAUUUCUGGCAAUAUAUCAGCCAGCAAGCCUGAUACCUCUUGCUUUUUGGAAAGCAUUACCUGCAACAACCAACAGCAAUGAGCAAUCUCAUCAUAAUGUGUAUUGCAAAGGCAUUCACUUGACUCUAUUAGCUGGCCUCAUGAAAGGCAUGAGAUACAAU